UAGGCGUGGGCUAUUUAGUCAUUUCACAUGUCUCACAGUGGUGUACGGUGCACCCAAGCUUACUUCUUAAAAUCUGAGAGGAGCUUCAAGUUCUGUCGACUCUGCUGAACAAAACUGAGGCCAUGGCGAAAAAUGUUAUGCAUGCGGUUCAGUAUGAUGGCUACGGUGGAGGACCUUCUGGCUUAAAGCAUGUUGAAAUUCCAAUUCCCAAUCCAAACAAAGAUGAGAUGUUGCUGAAAUUGGAGGCAGCUAGUCUAAACCCAUUUGAUUGGAAAGUUCAGAAAGGCAUGCUGUGGCCAUUGUUGCCUCGCAGAUUUCCACACAUACCUGGUACUGAUGUGGCAGGAGAGGUUGUACAGGUAGGACCAGGAGUGAAAAAAUUCAAAGCUGGUGACAAAGUUGUAGCUAUGGUUAAUCCUCUUAAUGGAGGUGGACUAGCUGAGCUUGCUGUGACUAAGGAAAGCUUGACUGCUGCAAGGCCACCUGAAGUUUCAGCAGCCACUGCCGUAGGAUUACCUGUUGCUGGUCUCACUGCUCACCAGGCCCUUAUCCAAUCUGCUGGGAUCAAGCUUGAUGGAAGUGGUAAGCAAGCAAACGUUCUGAUCACAGCUGCUUCGGGCGGUGUAGGUCUCUAUGCAGUUCAACUAUCAAAGCUCGGAAACACUCAUGUGACAGCCACUUGUGGAGCUCGUAACCUUGAAUUGGUCAAGAGCCUAGGUGCUGAUGAGGUUAUUGACUACACGACCCCAGAAGGAGCAACUCUGAAGAGUCCAUCUGGUCGAAAAUAUGAUGCUGUGAUCCAUUGUGCAACUGGCAUUCCUUGGUCAACUUUUGAGCCUAAUUUGAGUACAAAUGGUAAGGUAAUAGAUAUCACUCCCGGCCUCAGUGCCGUAGCGAACUUUGCUUUGGGAAAACUUACCUUUUCCAAGAAGCAACUGGUGCCACUGCUCUUAUCUCCCAAGGCUCAGAACCUGGAUUAUCUUCUUAAGUUGGUGAGAGAAGGGAAGCUCAAGACAAUAAUAGACUCAAAGUAUCCCCUGACCAAGGCAGAGGACGCUUGGGCUAAGAGCAUUGAUGGGCAUGCUACUGGAAAGAUAAUUGUGGAGCCUUAGGUUGAUACGAUGCUUAGAACUGCCCAAAUUUAUGUAGCUAAAUGAGAAGGUUGUGUAUUAUUGCAUCCAGUGAUGUGCGGUUAUAAUUUCUUGCUACCAUAUUGCUGUAAAUGAUGAUGCUUUGAGUUCCCUGUUCA